GGAAAUUUUGAAGCGGUUUAUUUGAGGACUGUGCUACACGUGAUAUAAGCGUCCUUUUAUGUUUGAAGACUUCUAUCAUUCAGUUGAUUUUUGAUGUAAAAAUUAAACUCCGGUUACUCUAUUUGUGUAUGAAACCUAAGGAAGCGGUACGUAUUUGUACUGUUCUUCAUUCUUUUUAUGUUCAAUAUAUUCAUUAAUACUGUUAACUUGUUAAAUUUGCUUUCACUUCAGCAACUUUACUGAAUUACUUGAUAUACGUUAUGAACACGGAAGUGGGUAGAUUAAAUGCGUACAAAGAAAAAACUAAAGUUGAUGGUGAAGAGCUAGUACUCAAUGUCUUUCCAAAACGUGUAUUUGAAAUGGAAGACAUAUUAGCGUCGGAUAUGUUUUUUCUAGAGGGAAAGUAUGUCCAUUCUGAUGUGAAUAUACCUUAUCCUAUUAAUCCACAUAAUUCGUUGCCUCCUGGUGAUGAUAUGGAUUCUGGUUUAACCAAUGCUACAGAUAAACUGACCAAUGAUAAACAACAGUUUCCUAGUAAAGGUUCUUUUGUCUACGCCUUACCAAAUGGCUCUGUGUCAUAUAAUAAACAUAUCAAAGCUAUGAUAGAGAAAACCAAACCAUGUUUAACUCAACUUAUGAUUGAAGCUCAACUUGUUCGUUUAUGGGUUCAAUUUAAUAUACCACGAAUUGAAGAUGGAAAUAAUUUUGGUGUAGGAAUACAAGAAGAGAUUUUAGGUGAAGCAUCGGGUAUCGAGAGGGAUGCAUGUACUUUCUUGGAUCAAGUCACAAGAUAUUAUGCCUCAAGAGGGAAAUUAGUGGGUAAAGUAGCAAAAUAUCCUCAUAUUGAAGACUAUCGUGAAUGUAUCCGUGAUAUGGAUGAGAAACAAGCAAUAACAAUGCGAUAUAUUAUCAUGGAAAUUCGUAAUCACUAUGCCACCUUGCAUGAUAUAAUAAUAAAAAAUCUGGAUCGUAUAAAAAUGCCUCGUUCCAAUAAUGCGAUCAAUAUGUACUAAUUGACGAAACCCAGAUUUAGUUAUGUGUUUGCUCACAUUAUGAGAUUUUGAUUGUAUGUAAAUACAUACGUUUGAAACGUA